CUCGACCAAACAACGCGAUGGCGGACGACGAGGUGUACCAUGAUGACGAUUACGAUGGCGAGUACGACGACGAAGUUGAGGAGGUGGAGGACAUGGUUGACGAUAUGCCGAUGCACAUCACUGGGCGUAUCUACCUCGGCUCUAUCGACGCGGCGAUGAAUGCCUCGGGACUGAAGGCCAAGAACAUUACGAUGGUGCUCACGCUGUUGAGCGUGUACGAUACGACCAGCUUGCCACUGGAUCAGGUCCAGCACCACGUUCGAGUGGAUCUAGAAGACGACCUUGAUGCUCCACUCUUUAGCCAACUUCCAUUCUUGGUGGACUGCAUCAACCAGUUCUUUGCCAAUAACGACCAAGGCAACAUCCUCGUGCAUUGCAUUGCAGGCGUGUCGCGGUCUGCUUCUGCUGUCGCUGCUUACCUCAUGGCCACGAACGACAUCGACGUCACCGACGCCUUGAACCGCAUCAGGUUGAGUCGGCCGUGGGUGGAUCCAAAUCCACACUUUCGUCAAGACCUGGCGUUGUUCCACAGCGUCCUGUCGCACUCCUCCGUGGCCAGUGCUGACCUGGCGUCGCGGUCGUUGCCGCAACUCCACUUCCACUCGUCGUUUGUGCAUCCCAUCUCUGUGGACCAAACCAAAACCCUCACCAUCCGCUUGGAGUCUGAUCCUAAGCACGACGACGCUACGUCCCUUCUCGCCGCGUCCAUGUUUCCUUUCUCGACGGUAGUCGCCGUCACCGACGCCACCAACACCCCGUUUGCGUAUCUGUUCGUCACAGCCAUCGAACACAUCAACAUCCAAGACUUGACCUUGGACCAUGCCAACGGCGAAGGCCUUCCGACCCUCGCCGACCUCCACGCCACGCUGCACCGCUUUUACACCCCCGACCAACUCGAACCUGGCACACGGUGCCUCGUUCUGCACUUUCGACUUGUCGCUGCUGCGGUCGGUCAAGGUGCAUCCAUCUAGUUCGGACGAUCUCAUGGCAAUGCUACGGUGACCAGGCAGUCGAUGUAGCGUAGUAGUGCAGUACAGUGAGUGGUACAGGCGCACGAUUACUUGGUUACUUGUAUUGCCCUUUGACCCAAAAUUUGGACUUUUGUGCUGAAUCGUCAAUUCUAUCGAUCGAUU